GUGUGUGAAACCAGGACGCCACCACCGGCCGCUGUGGACACGACCUCUCUGUAAUACACUGCGCUGCAUGCCCAAGCAGCCACUCAGCUAUGGCCGGUACUGUUCUUUGGUGGACGAUGAGCUCCGCUGUCCUGCACAAGAUGCUCUGCUCCUUAGUCCUGUCCUGCAUUUUAUUCAUGUCAAUCAUCGACGGCGUUUACACCGCUCCGGAGACCGGACACUGGAUUAUUACAGUUGUCAAUACAUCAAGACCUUUGUUAUUAAAAAAGUCGAUGUACAAAGACACUGACAUCCAGUUAAAAGUCUCUUCCUUUAACUGCCCAGUAGAGGUCUCGUUUGAUAUUAAGUGGUAUUUAAAGUUCUACCCUUGUCACAACGAAUUCAGUAACAUCGAGGAAAUGUACGAGAGGACACCACUGAGUAGAGGAGAGGGUCUAGACCCCAAUCCUCUUGCACCAGGAGAGUACAUCGAACACCAUUACAAAAAAUUAACCUGCAACAACGGGAUCCAGGUUUUCCCCAUGCUAAAUAAAUCCCAAGCAGAGCCAAGAACAGUGGACCCACAACGAGAGGAGGAUGCCAAUUAUACCAGGUGGCUUACAGCAGAAACUGAAGCUAAACCAGGUAAAAAGGAUAAUGUCAUUGCGACAACAUGGAGAGAUGGACCAUACCUACUUGUGGUUUUGAUCAAGUCCGAUAAAAAGGACGCCGACUGGAAUGUAACCUUCACUGUGAUUAUGAAAGGAGACCAUGGUUACAUUUCAGUCACAGAAUGGCCUCUUAUGAUCUUCUACAUGGUGAUGUGCAUUGUCUACAUCCUGCACGCUCUGCUCUGGUUCAUGUGGGCCUCUUGCUACUGGAAAGACCUGCUGCGUAUCCAGUUCUGGAUAGCUGGCGUGAUCUUCCUGGGCAUGGUAGAGAAGGCAGUCUUCUGUGCCGAGUAUGAGAACACUAAUGCUGUUGGCUCAGCAUCACAAGGCCUGCUGAUUUUCGCUGAACUUGUGUCAGCUCUGAAGAGAACCCUAGCACGACUCUUGGUCAUCAUUGUCAGUCUGGGCUACGGUAUAGUCAAGCCUCGCUUGGGGACUGUCAUGCACAGAGUCGUGGGGCUAGGUGUCUUAUACUUUGCCUUUUCUGCCAUUGAGGGAAUUUUGAGGAUUACUGGGGGCCAGGACAAUGUACCAGCUCUGAUCACUGCCAUUGUACUGACUCUGUUUGACUCCAGCAUCAUUUGGUUCAUAUUUGUUAGUCUUGCACAAACCAUAAAGACGCUGAAACUCAGGAGAAACCCAGUGAAGUUGUCCUUGUACAGACACUUCACCAAUACCCUCAUCUUUGCUGUAAUUGCCUCGGUCAUUUUCAUGGUAUGGACGACAAAGAAAUUCCGAUUAGCAGACUGUCAGGCUGACUGGAUGGAGCUCUGGGUAGAUGAUGCCUUCUGGAGGUUUCUGUUCUCUAUCAUACUGCUUGUCAUCAUGUUUCUCUGGAGACCAUCUGCAAAUAACCAAAGAUAUGCAUUCACACCUUUAAUUGAUGAUUCAGAUGAUGAAGAGAUUGAAGAGUUCUUGGUGUCUUCAAAUAUUGCUGAUGGCAUAAAAUUGAGAGCUGCUAAGACUGAGACGAAUGGAACAUCGAAACCUCCUACUUCUAGUGUGGAUGAAGACUUGAAGUGGGUGGAAGACAACAUUCCUUCCUCUUUAACAGAUGUUGCUCUGCCUGUUCUUCUCGACUCAGAUGAGGAAAUCAUGACUACAAAAUAUGAGAUGUCAAAAAUGCAGUGAACGCACAAACGAACGGCCUCCUUCUGAGUCUAAAGGCGCUGCUGCUGCUCCCAUUACCGGUCACUUACCACUGAGAAAAGGAUAAAAACCAGACAAGAGACAGAGACUGGUGAAGAGUUUGAUGGGGGAUCUGAAGAGAAGACAAGAAGAAUUGUGCUUCUAGUUACAGGAGUAUCCGGGCUCACUUAGCAAACGGUCCUUUCUGUAUUCAUGCCUUUUAUAUCUAAUGUGAAAGAUUUACUGCUUUUCCCCCCCUCCGGAAAUACAAAUACUCAUUCACUCAACCCAUCAAACCAAGCAGAAAUUACACCAUAUUUAUUUUUCACUGUACCCGUUUUCAUUACUUCAUGCCAGCCAGUUGAUGGCUUGGGUUUAGAAUGUUGUUGUUGUUUGUUGUUGUUGUUUUUUUGUUGAUUUUUUUUUUUUUUAAGCAGGGUCUUAGUGAAUAUUUCAAGGACAUGAAGUUGAAUGACCAAAGACGGUUUGUUUAGUCUUUAUUAGAGGGGGAAAAGUUCUGAGAUUCUCUUCAUGCAUCCUCUUUACUUAUAUAUUAUAUUAUAUAUUUCUUGUUAUUUAUGUUUCAUGUUGGCGAGCCAUUUUACUUCUGAAAAUACAGCAUUGGAGCAGAAAGUUCUGCUUCGUUUGUAAAUAUACAGAAGUUUUCCUAAAUGGCUGGGUAAUGAGUACAUUAAAAUGCAAAGGUAUAAACUCCAGCCUGUUUGUUAACUACUGAACCAAGCUGGAUUACUUUAGCAGGAAGCAAAAUGUGCCUCUCACAUCAAAGAGCAAUAUGUCGUUAAUAUUCCUCCAUGGCCUUGUGUAUCAUUAUUAUUUUACAUACGUUUUUUUUCUUCUGUUGUUUUUCUUUUUCUUAUUUAAUCACAAGUCUUAGAAAAACUACGAAUGGACAAUUGAUUGAAUCAUGCGAGUAGUUGGUUUUGUAGAAUCACACAUCUUUGCCUAUUUUCUGUCAUAUGUUGUCAUUUCUUUUUCAGAGAAAAGCACAGUUUGCCACGCAGAGACAUACCUACAGCACAGCUGUUCUGAAUUAAAGAUAGUUUGAAUCUAUCGUAGCAUUAUUUUUGCAUUUAAGUGAUUUUUUUGCCACAUGAAUGUAGUGGUUAGACUGAUUCUGUGCAAUAUUUUGGUCUUUUCUACUACUUUUCCUCGAGUGUGUACUUGAAGAUUUUGUAUCUUCUCCUGAAUUAUUAUUUUUUCAUCUUGCUGUGGAAGAUCAGAUUCUUCUUUUGCAGAUUUGUUUCACUUUGUCCAUUUUCAUGAUGCAUGUUUUCCGAUUUAUGAUGGUUUACUUCAAAUGUAAAUAAAGAUUCUUUAUUUA